UCUUCCCUCGAAGUUUGAGCGGGGAGAUUUAACAAUUUGGCUGCGCGAAUUUGAUGCUUGCGCUGAGGCAAAUGGGUGGAACGCAGAUGCGAAAAUCAAGAAAUUCCCAGCUUUUCUCCGGGGCGAAGCAGCGAGCCAUUUUUACGUACUGGACGAGGAAGCUCGUGAAACAUAUGACGCUGUUACGAAAGCCCUAAAAGAGACCAUGUGUCCUGCGGCGUGUAAAGAAGUGUACUUUGCCGAGUUCGAAGCGAGACUUUUAAAGCCAGGCGAGGACCCGACGGUGUACAAGUGGGAGUUGGAGCAAAUUUUAUCGAAAGCUCAACCAGACAUUGAUGCCGGAGCGAAAACCGCGUUGUUAACGAGGCCGUUCAUGAAAGGUUUACCCAAAAACAUUCGAAUGAAGUUGCUAGAGAGUGACCCUACGCCAGAUCUGAAAAAAAUGGUGUCAUUUGUUCAACGGUACAGGGCAAUUCAGGAAUUUAACGACCAAGGGAAUGUGACGCAGAGUGCUGGUGUGGCAAGCGAAAAGAGUGGUGAAGAAAUGACCAAAUUGGUGGCGCUGGUGUCCGACAUCGCCGUGCGACAAAAGAAUCUGGAGGAGAAGUUAUCGCGGAAUAAACGAGAUGAUCUAUCGGCGCAAACGAAAGAUCGAAGCAACAGAAAAUUUUUUGUCUGCAAGAAAAUGGGCCACAUCGCCAGGGACUGUUGGCACAAUCCACAACAGCAAAGCCAGACGUUUGAUUCCACAAACAGAUGUUAUGAAUGCCAGGGAUACGGACAUUUUGCCAAAGACUGUGCGAAUCGUUUAAACUCCCAGCGGGCGAUACGAUAAGUGGGAUCAAAGAUCGCCCUGGGGUAAGUUUUAAUACCUUCAAUGUUUCAUUAUCCACACAACCAUAUGUUAAAUGUUUUGUAAAUAAUGUUGAAGUUCAUGCACUUAUUGACACUGGUUCCAUGAGAACAUUUAUAAGCCAUACUUUACACAGGAUUAUUGACUUUGAUAGUAAAUUAAUUAACACUA